GUCACGAACCGAUGACUUAAGUUUAUGAUCCUGGACAGGCCAAACCCAAUCGGUCUCUCAGUAGAGUUGGUGCAGACGGACAGGUUACAGACGGACUUUGGGAAUGUGGAUUGUCUCUGAGAUCGUAUAAAGGAUGCAGUCUUGCACUGAGGAGGCAGCAGUUAUUUCUGACGGUCUUGAGAGAAGGCUCAGGGAUUCUGCUCCAUUCAGCUGAAUGUUUUCAUGACUUGUUUGUAUUUAGCGCUUGGUUGAUUACUUGUAAACUUGUUACUAUAAUAAAGUGUUAUGGGUCAACCAUGCUUAAACUACUUUUCAUUUCUCACAAGGUAAAGGAACACUAAUUUCCACCACAAAUUGGCGACGAGGAUGGGAUGGACGCGCUUGUCGGGGACUCCGGCUGAACGGCAGAUGGCCAUAAUAUAGAUGAAUCCUCCCCCGAGGUUGAGAAGCUGCUGUUCAGGCGGAGACCGGACAGCCGAUCCAAUCCAGUUGAAAAAACUAUGGAAAAACACGCGGUAAUGCAGCAUUAUGCAAGCUAGACUGCAGGCCUAACUCCCCUGAUAUUCAGAGUCUCUAAGGACAAACACCCCAGUGAAUCCGGUCCUUCCCCACACCUGCACUACUCACAUUGUUGUCGUAGCUCAGUCGAAGGGAACAGAAGAGCUGUCAAGACAAGAAAUAAUAAUGAGCAAAUUAUCAUCGCAAAUGAAUCCACAAAUUCUCUUGAAUGAUGAAGAACCGGAGCAACAGCAGGACGCUACAACAGAAGGGCCGAUGUCCGAUGUCGGUCUGGAAGAUGAAUGUUUGGAAGACAGCGAUGCUGCAGAAAAGAAGACACAAGCAAAGGUGCAGUCUGUUUUCCAACAGGUACGUGACCAGAUCAGAUCACAAGUGGGUAUGAAGGGCCCACAGAGCAGCUUAAUGGAGCUGGUGCAACGAGUCAGAGACAGAGAGACGGAGAUUGCACAGGCGAACGGGGAACCUGAGGGCAAGGAUGUCAGCAGCAAGGAGAAGACACCAGGAGAGAUGCUGACCGAUGAGAGCAAAGAUAGGAUGGAUCUAAAGGAAGAGGAGCUGUGUGCACUUUUUGAAAAAAUGCUCCAGGCGAGUGAGAAGGCCUUAAAGGAUGAGUUUGAAGGGAAGAUUUCUCAGGUGCGUAAAGAAAUGCGGGCCUACACUGACCAGUCCUGCAAAGACUUGGAGUGUAAGAUGCAAGAGAGAAAAGGUCCAAACAAGAUACAGAAGACUUCCGCAGCUCCUUCUCUGCCACCCAGACGAGGAAGAGUCCUGACUCGGACCAUGACUACCAUUUUUCCGAAGACGUGUGCUCCAGUCAUCAUUGGCCCACGAGCCAAAUCAGAGACACUGAGCUCCUCGAAGGGUGCAAGCUCUCGCCUCGUACUGAGGGAUCCAGUGCUCGUACUACCGGUCUACAAGCCUUGCCAGAGCCGCAAGCCGCUGCCCCCAGUCUGCCCACCACUGCACCAGCACAACAAAGUCAUCGGGCCGAAAGCUAAAACAGGAAACUGACGCAACGUGGGAGGCAAAAAAAAAAAAAAAUCUUUAUCUGUCCUGAUAAACAAAGCAUUCACGUCAAAACUGUCAAUUUUUUUUAAUAUAACCUCUGUUAUUGCUUUUUCAUGGUCAUUGCUGUACCUUCUAAUCUGCUGUCCAGUUUAUGAUUAGCCAGAGGGGCUGGUACUACUACAGCACUUUCAGCCAUG